AUGACCGCUGGUAUCCACCACUUCGACCCGGGCUCAUUCGAGACGCCCGCCGGCGAAUGCUUCUCGGACACACCACCAAAUCUCGGUCAAGCAAAAUUCAUCAAGACGAUCUACGCGGACGUCGCUGCGCAUGAUGGCGGAGUUUGGGUGACACCAGGGACAAGUUUUGCAGCUCGCUGCCGAGCGCCUCUUUAUGACCUCGAAGGCCGCAAGUUCUUCCACGGCAUGUUGUCUGUCAUUCUCAAACGGAUUUCUGUCGCUCUGGACACACUCUCAGCCACACUGCGAAACGACCAUGCGUGGCAGACUCCGCUCACGAGUGAGUACAUCAGGGAAGUGCACGCCAAGAUUUUGGAAGUACGAUCGGCCGUGAGGAGUCUUCACAGAUUUCUCUCGGUUUUCGGGGGUGGACCAUCUGAUUCGCACCGAAUAGGUGUCUUGUCAAGACAUUUGCUGUGGUUGUCUAGGCAAGCCGGAGUCGAAAGUCCUACCGAUGCUCCUUUCAAGAAGGGAGCCACUGGAUGCGACACUGCUGACCAUGCCAAAAGAGGACCUGAAUGCGGCACGAAAGUCUACACCGAUCGCGAAGCUGACGCCAUGGAGGAGCUACAACAUCUCACUGCAUCGCUGGAAGGGGAUCUGGUAUGGAUGCAGAAUUGGCGAAGAUGGGCAGUGGCUGGGUACAAGUAUCUCGAGCUCUUGUGCCUCCACGAGGAAUCAAUCGAGGCCGCUUGUCCCGCGAACAGGACUCCUCGCUCCAAGGGGAGGUCGGAGCAGAUUCGCAACGCCGAUCUGAAAGUGAUGAACGUUGACUUGGGCAACAUGUCAUUGCAACGCCUCGACGCUCGAGCUUGUCUGGAUGCAGUCAUCCAAACACACGGGGCCUGUGGUAUAGGCCUCGAGCGAGAGGUGCUCGUGGAUCACCUCACCAAAGAUCUGCAAGCCUCCAUCCGAGAGAAACAUAGAAAGGACUCUGCCUCGAAUGGUCCUGGCUCUGCCAAUGAGAUGGAAGACCCGGCGAGCGCAUUGCAAGGUGCGACCGAAGCGAACACAAAGACUCUCGCUGACUCCAUCCACAAAGUCCAGGAUGCUUGGCUCGACAAGACAGACUUCAACGGCACAGUGCAUUCUCCGGCUCUCAUCCUGUCAAUGAUGCUACUUGCAAAGUCACCGCAGAAAUUAACAGCAACGACCACAAACGACUGGCUCAAAAGCCACGGCAUCUUCGGACUCACACCCACCAUCCUCCGCCUGACCGACAAGCCCCGACACAUCAUCGACGAAGCUCAACGCUGCUGCCCUUCAUGUGCCAAUCUCGUACGUUGCAUGUUCCGCAAAGGAUUCUUCACCUGUAAGAUCCGAACGAAAGUCUUGUAUCACGACUACCAGCACAGAUGGAAAGCGACGGCACUGCCGCCAUUUAUACCAAAAGAGUACGUAAACCUUUGCAUCGAGGCGGCCACGGAGCAGGCUUUGGGAAAGUUGCGAGGGGUGCAACAUAUUAGCAAUGUCUUGGCAAAUAUGGAGAGAGAGCGACUGGCAGAUGAAAAUAUGCAAGACCGCUACGCCCUCCUCAAGAGUGACUAUAGCCCUGAUAGUCCUCCUGGCGCAGCAGAGGACGAUUGGGCGCUGAGCGAUGAUGCGGAUGCGGAUGCGGACGUGGACCGGGACUUGGAGAUCGAACUGAUGGCAAGCGAGAUGUUUGGGGGACCAUCAUGA